GUAAUUUUCUUUUUUCGACCUACGCUUCGUACAUUGUAACAUAUAUACAUGCAUGUGGGUAUGUAUAUAUGUAUCGUUUCUGAGUUUAAGAUAUUUAUUUAUAAAAAAAACACGAACGAUGAUGAUACACAUGUAAUUUCCUUGAUUGUAAAGAAAUUCCCUGCGCCAACAAAUUUUAUUUAUUUGUUGCGCACAUAUUAUUGUACAUUCUAUACGAAGAGAAAAAAAAGAAUACUUCAAGACAAUAAAUAUAUAAAGAAAGAAAUAAAACGUUUAAAGGACCAAUUAACGGAACAUCAAAUUGGUUAUAUUCGCGAAGAAAUUGUUAGCACAGCAAUCGCAAAUGUGCUUGAAAAAUAUUAUUUCAAAAAGAAACUGUUCCAAUUCAACAGUGAAUGUGCCCGUGUGGUUUGGCUACGGUUGUUCAAUUGGAUAUUCUUAAGAUUAGAUCCUUAUUGGAGACAGGAUACAACUGGAAAGGCGAUACAUUUGAUUGUCGAUAUCGAACCGCAACCUUCGUCUGUCGACUCUUGGAUAUUUGGGAAGGUAUCGCAAAUUUCUAUCCAAAAAUCAAUACCUACACUAACAUGUAUUCCUCUAUUAACAUCGAUAACUGCUACGAAGCCAUUGAAUAGAAUCACGCAAAAACAACAAACAAAAUUAAGAUAUAUUAAUAAAGAAAAAUUAAAACAAAAGAAUAAAGAGGGAACGAUGAUAUCUUCUGAAAUAAAAAAAUCAUGUGAAGUAGUUAAUGAAAGGAAAAAAUCAAAUGGUUACUCGAAAGACGAUAGCUAUUUAUCUAUGCCUAAACAACAUACCAUAGAUUCAACAGAAAGAAUAUAUGAUCAACCAAAUAAUUUCAAAGAAAAGAAUAAGACUGACUUAUUGGUAAAGAUUUCAAAGCAAAAUGGCAACAAUAACGAUGAUAGUAAACAGGAAAACAUAACAAAUAUUCGACAAUUGUCGAAAAAUUUAAAACAAAAUAAAAUAAAACUCUUGCCAUGGGGAAAGGAAACAGCAGCGAAGAUACCACUCCAACGAUCAUUGGAGAGGAUAGAGAUCUUGUGCACAAUUUUACCAGAUCACAGCGACUAUCUUGAAACGAACACUUUAAAUGUAAAACGAAUGAAAUAAGUAUGGGCGGUAUUGAGCUGAAGAAAAACUAGAUGUUUUAUAUAUCUACAACAAUUUAAUCGAUAAAAGGAUCUGUGUAUAUGUUCGAUGUAAUGGAAAUCUUACAAAUGAAAGUUGUAUAUGGAGUAAAUUUUAUUAAGAAGAAGAAGAAUAUACGAAUGAACUUAAAUGAAUAUGAACUGAUGAAAGAAAAAAAGAAGAUGAAAUGCAUAUCAGAUAUAACGUUCAAAAUUUGUAUUUUCCUCAACUUUUCGCCACAUUUUUUCUAAGCAAAUAAUAUUUAACAAUAUAUAUCAAAUAUAAAAAA